UGUCGCUCGUGCGUGUAUCGUAUCGUGUCGUGUCGUGUCAUCGUGCGUCUCCGUAUUGCCGUUGUAUUGCGCGCGCGAUACGAUAAGACAAAGGGCCGCGUUUAUCUCGCGGCCUCUCUCGUACGUGAGAGAAAGAGAAAGCGAGAGUGAGAGAUAGACCGAGCACACGCCAGGAAUGCACACAACAAUCGCGGAUACCAGUCCACAUAACUGAGGGAAAAGCAUGCGGUGUGUACAGCGCACACAGAGAAAUCUUAACCCGGGUGCAAUCCCGAUAGUACUGAUGCAUCCCGGCGCUUCGAGAAUCGCCACCGAUCGCGUUGUCUUAACAUCGUGUCUCCAUUGACGUGUUAGGAUUGCGAAGAGGAUUAGGAAGUGGAGCUAACGGACAUUAGUCGCGACCAUCGAUGGCGGCCGCGAGUUUUCCUCCAAGCUUCUCGAACGUCGGUGUACUAGAGAAUUGCGCCGGCAUGGAGGCAACAAACGGCGCGAUCGAGCACGACUUCCACAACACGUUGGUGCCGAUAAACGGUAGCCAUUCAGGCAGCUCCGGCAGGAGUACGCCGAACGGCGGCGACCCGGCGCCGGGCAAGCUUUUCGUGGGCGGCCUUUCCUGGCAGACGAGCAGCGAAAAGCUACGGGAAUAUUUUAACAUGUUCGGCACUGUCACCGAUGUUCUCAUCAUGAAGGAUCCGAUGACGCAGCGUAGCCGCGGUUUCGGCUUCAUCACAUUCGCCGAGCCCGGUAGCGUCGACAAAGUCCUCAAGUGUCCCAUCCACACCCUGGAUGGCAAGAAGAUUGAUCCGAAGCACGCGACGCCGAAGAAUCGCGCGAAACAGGCCAAUCGCACUAAGAAGAUCUUCGUGGGUGGUGUCAGUCAGGACACCAGCAGCGACGAGGUCAAGGCCUACUUCAAUCAAUUUGGGAAGGUGGAGGAGACGGUGAUGCUGAUGGAUCAACAAACGAAACGUCAUCGCGGCUUCGGUUUUGUCACCUUCGAGAACGAGGACGUGGUGGACCGCGUGUGCGAGAUACACUUCCAUACGAUCAAGAACAAGAAGGCAGUAGAAUUGAGUGUCGAUUGCUAGAGAGAACGUGAGAACACAAGGCUGGCGAACCGAGGCGGCUGUUCCGAGGGACGAUGCACACGGCGAAACCAGGUAAGAUUUUUUUAUUUCUUUCCUCCUCUUCCUUUUUUUUCUUCAGUUUUUUUCUUACUUCGAUAUUACCUUUGUAGAGCUACAUCGAGCUGGUGUUUUUCAAUCGGAAUGUUUUUCCCGUGGUCUACAAUUGGAAUCGAGAUUACUUUCGAAUAGCCUUUAAG